UGAAUCGCAUUAUACAGUAACGUAUUAUUUUCUUCCCGUUCACAGAUGAGGACGAGGCGACGACAUCGGGCCUGACCGACGGCGCGGUCGGCGACCAGCAGAACCGCAUCAUCUUCAUCAACCACCCGCAACCGCAGAAGUUCCUCUCCAACACUAUAUCCACGGCCAAAUACAGCGUCCCGUCGUUCAUCCCGCUGUUCCUGUUCGAGCAGUUCCGGCGGUACUCCAACUGUUUCUUCCUGCUGAUAGCGCUGCUGCAGCAGAUCCCCGACGUGUCGCCCACCGGCCGCUGGACCACGCUCACGCCGCUCAUACUCAUCCUGAGCGUGAGCGCCAUCAAGGAGAUCGUUGAGGAUUUCAAGCGGCACAGAGCCGACGAUGAGACGAACCGGCGGAAGGUGGAAGUGUUGCGCGAGGGCCAGUGGGUCACGGUGCGCUGGGAGCGGCUGCAGGUGGGCGACGUGUGCAAGGUGAUCAACAACCAGUUCUUCCCCGCGGACCUGGUGCUGCUGUCCUCCAGCGAGCCCCAGGGCAUAUCUUUCAUCGAGACGUCCAACUUAGACGGCGAGACGAAUCUGAAGAUUCGGCAAGCGCACAAUGAAACUGCUCGACUGGAUUGCACGCGGGAACUGGCGCAAUUCAGAGCUACUGUGCAGUGCGAACCGCCCAAUAGGCAUUUGUACGAGUUCAACGGAAUGCUGAAGGAGCCCAACGCCAAAACGAUACCCCUGGGUCUGGAGCAGAUGUUGUUGCGCGGCGCCAUGCUGCGCAACACGGCCUGGGUGCACGGAGUCGUCAUAUACACCGGCCACGAGACCAAGCUCAUGAAGAACUCCACCAAAGCGCCCUUGAAGCGUUCGUCCAUCGACCGACAGACCAACACUCACAUCCUGAUGCUGUUUAUGAUAUUGUUGGCGCUGUCGCUGCUCAGCGCCGUCUGCAACGAGCUGUGGAUGCGCAACCACAACGACUGGUACAUCGGACUCACAGAAGCGCAGAAUGCACACUUCGGAUUUAACUUUUUGACAUUUUUAAUAUUGUAUAAUAAUCUUAUACCUAUAUCGUUACAAGUUACUGCAGAAAUAGUUAGGUUUUUCCAAGCGAAAUUCAUAGCAAUGGACAGCGAAAUGUAUCACGCUGAGACAGACACACCAGCUAUGGCGAGAACCUCCAACCUGAACGAAGAAUUGGGCAUGGUGAAGUAUGUGUUCAGUGAUAAGACUGGCACUCUAACAUGCAACGUUAUGGAGUUCCACAAGUGCUCCAUCGCUGAGGUUAUAUACAAUAAGCCGAAUCCCGACGAGCCCUUAGAAGACACCUUGCUAUACCAGCAACUAUCUCGAGGGGGGGAAGCUGCCGAGGCCAUUGACGAAUUCCUUCUGAUGCUGGCCGUCUGUCAUACUGUCAUACCUGAGGACACAGGCGGAACUGUCAACUACCACGCCGCUUCACCAGAUGAGCGCGCAUUAGUGCUAGGCGCAGCACGCUGGGGCUAUGUGCUAGAGACUCGCACGCCAUCUAGCGUGUCGGUGCGGGCUCGCGGGAAACUGCUGCACUAUAAAGUGCUCAACGUCAUAGACUUCACUUCGGCGAGGAAAAGGAUGUCUGUCAUCGUACGGGCGCCAUCAGGGGAAAUAAAGCUACUAUGCAAGGGCGCCGACUCCGUGAUCUACCCGCGUCUAGCUGGGGGUGCCAACGCCCCUCACGCAGCUUCCACCCUGUCACACCUGGAAAGAUUCGCGGGCGAAGGACUACGGACCCUUGUGUUCGCGCAGAGUGACGUAUCCGAGUCGCUCUACCAGGAAUGGUGUAACACGUACCACAAGGCAAGUAUAGCCAUACAAGAUCGGGAGCAAAAGAUAGAAGAAGCGGCGUUGCUCAUCGAGAACAAUCUGAGGCUACUCGGUGCCACCGCCAUCGAAGACAAGUUACAGGACGGGGUACCAGAGACGAUAGCGGCAUUACUGCAGGCCAAUAUGUACGUGUGGGUGUUGACGGGCGACAAACAGGAAACUGCCAUCAACAUCGCUCACUCGGCGCGGCUCAUUCAUGCCGCCAUGCCGCUCAUACUCAUCAACGAGGACAGCCUCGAUGGAACGCGCGAAUGCAUCGGCCGCCAUUCCGUGGAAUUCGGGGAGAAUCUACGCAAACAGAACGAGGUGGCGCUCGUGAUCGACGGCAAGACGCUCAAGUAUGCGAUGGGCUGCGACCUGAAGAAGGACUUCCUCGACCUCUGCAUCUCCUGCAAGGUGGUCGUCUGUUGCCGCGUAUCGCCCAUACAGAAGGCAGAGGUAGUGGAAAUGGUAUCCGGUGCGACGGGGGCGGUGACCUUGGCGAUAGGCGAUGGCGCCAACGAUGUGGCGAUGAUACAACGAGCUUCUGUGGGGGUCGGCAUCUCCGGCGUGGAGGGGCUGCAGGCCGUCUGCGCCUCCGACUACAGCAUCGCUCAGUUCCGUUUCCUGCAACGUUUACUGCUAGUACAUGGCGCGUGGAAUUAUUCCCGCAUCAGCAAGUUGAUCCUGUACUCGUUCUACAAGAACAUCUGUCUGUACGUCAUCGAGCUAUGGUUCGCCAUCUACUCCGCCUGGUCUGGUCAGAUCCUAUUCGAACGGUGGACGAUAGGUUUCUACAACGUGAUCUUCACCGCACUGCCGCCUUUCGCUAUCGGACUCUUCGACAAGCUGUGUUCGCCAGAGAUCAUGCUGAGGCACCCAGUUCUGUACACGGCCUCGCAGCGCGGGCUUCUAUUCAACGUUCGCGUAUUCUGGGUGUGGGCCAUCAACGCCCUGCUGCACUCGGUGCUGCUGUUCUGGCUGCCCGUGCUGCUGACCUCGCACCACAUCCUGUGGCCCAGCGGCAAGGACGGCGGCUACCUGGUGCUGGGCAACCUGGUGUACACGUACGUGGUGCUGACCGUGUGCCUGAAGUCAGGACUGGCGACUCAUUCUUGGACGUGCGUCACUCACCUCUCCAUCUGGGGAUCCGUCGCCAUGUGGCUGCUGUUCAUACUAGUCUACAGCAACAUUUACCCUUGGGUGAUGAUCGGCUCCGUGAUGCGAGGCAUGGACCGCAUGGUGUUCAGCUCGCUGGUGUUCUGGCUGGCCCUCCCCCUCACUCCUGUAUGCGCGCUGCUGCCCGACCUGCUGUUGACUGUCAUCCACAAUUCUGCGUUUAAGACGAUGACGGAAGCGGUGAGAGAGAGCGAGAUAAAGAAACGCGACCCGGCCGCGCUGCUCGCACAACCCAGACACUCCCUGACCGAGACGGCGCGGCUGCUGCACAACGUGCGCAGCGUGUUCAGUCGACGGGGAGCGGCGCGUGCGCAACUCGACAUAGAGCUGUCGCAUGGGUUCGCGUUCUCACAAGAGGAAGGAGGCAGCGUGUCGCAAGCAGACGUGAUUCGCGCCUACGACACCAGCCAGCCGAGGCCAGUGCGCUCCUGAAACUAUUGAACUCCAGCUGAUAGCUACCCCUGAGGAGCCACAGUGAACGACUCCUCCGUACCUACUCCGCACUUAGAUUAAAACAAAAAGGGUAGAUACGGCACUAGCCUCACAAAAGUGAUCCGCACCAAUUGUGGUCCACGACCCUAAUCGCUUUAGUCACAACUUGACAUGCAAACGACGUACACGUGAACGCCAAAAAGAAAUAUUGCUAAUAUUUUGUGUUUAUAUGGUAAAACAAUCCCUAAGUGUGUUUUUAAAAAGUGCUGAAAUUGCUCAAGAACUAAAAAUAAAACCCACGGCAUCACUUUUCCUUCGUAAGUACUAUAAAAUAUAUUUUUUCAUAAAAAUUGCUAUUUGUUUUGAAUCUUAUUCGGUAGUGACGUCGAGUACUGGUCGCCUGAUUGGUCGGUAAUGCAGUGACGCGGAUCUCGCCGUCUCAUUCGCGCUGCCGUUGAAACUUAACGUGCUGUUUCGUUCGGGUCGGUAAUGCAGUGACGCGGAUCUCGCCGUCCCGUUCGCGCUGCCGUGGGAUCAGUUUUUGUUUGAUGCAAGUAUGAGCGUACCGUAUCUACCCAUUUUAUUUUAAUCUAAGACUCCGCACCCACACGUAUUCAAGGUCCAGUAAGUUUGUGUCUAAUGUACUUAAUGGAUGUCUAUGUAAGUUAUACUACGGUAGGAGUGUAUACAGUAUGGUAGUAAUCUCGGUCACACAGGGACGUCGACCACCUUACUUUAGGUAGGAACAAGUCGUGUUGUGUUGUGAUGUGUCCGAAUCGUGUCGGUUUCAAACUAUGUGCUGAGUGUUUCAAAAACUUGCGGUCACUGUAAUUGGUGAAACGAUGUGUUGACGUCCCAAAAGUCGUGUCACACGCUUAUGUAGUGUGUAUUCCGUUAUACAUACCAGUAUACUGGCCAGUGCUAAUGACGUCAUGGAUCGACGCUAUACUGGUGAAUUGUUCCGAAAUAUAUUGGCCAGUGCACUGACGUCACAAAUCGACGAAAUAUUAAAAAUAGUGCGAAUAAAGAAGAUUUUUUAUUCACCUCACCAAUUAAAAGGAAUUCUUUUUGUUCGGAUGCCAUUAUUGUUCUUUAAUUAAAAAAGAAAUAAAAUUCGAAUGCAUCUCACGCACGCUCGGUCAUACGUCAUAUUCGUUUUCCCGGUAAAAAUAUUUAUUUAUUUAAUUUUUGGGAGACCAACAGCUCUUAAAAACAGACAUAGGUAGUUGAAGAAAUAAAAUUAGUUACAGAAGGCCAAUUACAGGUCUCCACGUUUAAAAAACAGAAAUCCUUAUACUUUAACAUAUAAAAAUAAUUAAAAUUAAAAACGCGUGGAAAAAAUAGGAUUGGUUUUGACAUAGUAAAGACAAUUCGCCCUCUUAACAAUAAUUUAUAUGGUAGCAUACCAAAACAAUAUGGCGUCGGAUUCGUGACGUCAUUACCACUGGCCAGUAUACUGAUGUACAUUUCGGAAUACACCCGUAGUAUUGCUGCAUAAACGUGGCACAAGCGGGUGCCCCUUAUGAGCGGUCUUUAGAAGAGCAGCUCUCUGAUUUAAUCGAUAAGCUUCUGACCCGUCUCAACACAACACGACACAACAGUCUGUGUCUGCCAUACGGCUUGUGCCCCAGUCUGAGAUAUUGCAAACGUGUCGCUGUGGGAAGACGCGUCCGUUUACAACAUCGGGGACCGUGACAAGCCGGCUUAUAUGACCGGAUUUAUGGUCUGUUAAAAACGUUUUCAUGGGACAUAAUUAUAUUGGCUACUCCAAAAUAUUGUGCCAGAUAAAGCUUCAUUGCAUAGCAUAUUAUUCACUUAUAAGACAAUCUCUUAAAUAUAUUUUAUCAAAUUACUUUACGCUACAAAUCGCUUUCGUAGUAAGAUCAAAAUUCUACCAUUAGGAUCAGUUGAGUCUAAAUUUUUAUUUGGGGUUGCGUCAGGGCAAUUGCUAGAGGCUGGCAUUAUAGGGCAAUGCGCUACCUUAAAAUACCGUUGCCCUAUCUAAAUUACCAUUGCCCUAGCUUAAAUUACCGCUGCCCUAUCUUAAAUUACCGCUGCCCUAUCUUAAAUACAACUCUGGCUACGGCCUUGGGUUGGGUAAUCUAACUCUCCUAUUUAUGACUACAAUUCUCAAAAUCCAAUAGACUUAAUUAAUUUCAAGGCUAGCAAAGAAAGAAAAACUGUGACUUAUUCACAAUGGCAUUAAUAUUUUGGGAUAGCAUGUAAUGUAGUGUCCCUACAUACUUUUAACCGGUAAUUAUAGAUAGAAAAUUUCUCGGAACUGUUUUAUGAAAUAUUUUACUGUUGCAAAUAGUUUGUUAUUAAACGUUGUUAACGCUUUUUAAAAUAACCACUUAACGCGAUAAACGGCACUUUAUAAUUUUGUAGUCCCCACACUUGUUAACAAGAGGGCCACGAAUCUGCAAAGUAGAUAACAUAAUUUAUAAACACAUAUAUUUAAUGUAGAUACUUUAUUCACUGACAGAUUCUACCUACUUAUCUUUAAUUAAAUUGUAUAAUAAAUUCUUCAGACAUUAAAAUGUGGUAAUUGUAAUCUCAAUUUCAUAUAGUCCCACUACCACCAUACAAUAUAUUUUUUAUAUUGUUUUAAUCUUUCACGGACACUGACAUUAUCGUAAUGUAUGUUAUUUACGGGAUUGUUAGCAUGUACCUUGUUUUUAGCGAGUAUCUGAUAUUUCGGUACUGUUGCCAUUUCGGAAAGUCUAAAAACAAGGUACACAUGCUAACAAUCAUGUAAAUAACAUAAAUUAUCAUAAUUAUGAUAGGUAAUAUUUUUUGCUCUAGCAACCUGCUAAUAAAAUUAGUGACUUAUUCUCUUUUCCACUAUAAUUUCACUUGCUGAAGGCAAAUUAACGACGUAGGUACUUAGUGACAUCGUGACAUCACUUCAAUGUAUCUGAAGAGUAAUGUAUCUACAUAAAAAUAUUUUAAUUAUUAAGUGUUGAAUGUGUUAUUUGGAGGAACUUGGGCCUGGAGGAACUUGGGCCUAAGUUUAUGUAAUACUUUUAGUUAUUUAAUACUUAAAUUAUUUAUACAUAACUACCUAGGCACUUACAAGGUAGAAUGAUGUGUUUGGAAAUAUGUAGAAUUUAUAACGCAAGCAAAGACUGAAGUGAAGGCGGUUACACAACACAGGAACAACUGCUGCUCCGUCGAUUUUAACGAAAACAAAAUUUAGUUUAUUUCUUCUUUGUUAGACACUUCAUAUAUUUGCAAGUACAAUUUAAGUAAAGUUUUAAAAAUCUACUUAAGAUUAUGAGUACCAUAUAAAUAAAGCAUAUUUUUUUAUUUACAACUACUUAUGUGUAUGAAAAAAUUACAUAAGCCUGGAUGGGUGUCAACAAUUUUUUAAAUAAUUUCUCAAAAUUUAAUGCAACUUUUUAAGCGCUAUAACGAGGUAAUUACAAUUAUAUCUUACUAAUUUAAUGUGUUUUUCUUAGUGAUUAUUCAAUUUUAAAUAAAGGCAAUAUUUUUAUAAAUCGACUAGCAAACCCGGCGAACUCCGUUUCGCCACCAGAUGGCUUCGUUUUAUGUAACAUUGCGUUUGGUGAUUAAAAGAAGUUUUUUUUUUAAUUUUUCCUGAACUUUCUUUGCUAUAAACCUCACGGAGCCCGAGACCUUUCCAACGAAAGCAAAACCGUGGAAAUCGAUUCGUGCGUUCUGGAGUUAUAGCGUCAGGAAGGAAAACCCGACUUAUUUUUAUAUAGUAGACUAGCAAACCCAGCGAACUCCGUUUCGCCACCAGAUAGCUUCGUUUUAUGUAACAUUUCGUUUUGUGAUUAAAAGAAAACGAUUUUUUUUUUAAUUUUUCCUGAAUUUUCUUUGCUAUAAACCUCACGGAGCCCGAGACCUUUCCAACGAAUGCAAAACCGUGGAAAUCGGUUCGUGCGUUCUGGAGUUAUAGCGUCAGGAAGGAAAACCCGACUUAUUUUUAUAUAGUAGAUUAUAUUGUUUUGUGCUAGCGAGCGAUAUUUCAAAGUAUCCAUUGCAUCCAAACUUUGUGGUACGACGUUCAAAUGUUUAACAUGUAGAUAGAGCUAUGUACAUAUUUUUACUUUUUUCAUCUGUAUUUAUUUGUAAGUGAGAUUACGAGAAAUUUUUUUUUAUUGAUACUACAUAUUGAGCGCUUUUGAAUGCUUUAAUUGAAGAUGUAUGUUGUUAUUCUGGCGUGAUUCUCUAAACUUAAUCUUGAAUUUGACAACAGUAUAUCCUUGUCAUUCUCUGUACAGAAUGAAAAGGACAGACUGAUGUUAAAUUUAGUUUUAAGGUUAGAGAAUCACGUCAGAAUUGGCACCAGUAUGAAACUAUAUUUUUGGUUGAAUUUAUUAAUAUUACGUAUUUUAUAAGUUAUCGCUACGUCCAUAACUAUUAUUGUGGCAUAUGUACACCUAGUGUGGACUUGGAGUAAUCAUUAGUAGAGUAAAUAUGCUGACAGGCACAGUUUUAUAAGAGCACUUUAGAUGUCCUUUGGAUUCUUAGCACAUAUAAUUUAUUUAUUCACCCCAAAAUAUUGGCGUAACAAAUUGUCACAUUUUGUUAAUAUUAGAACGAAAAAUAUAUGCCUUUCUACUCGAAUACUAAAUCAUAUUGUGUAUGCCUUUAACUCUCUAUGUAAUCUAGAUAUUAUCACCCGAAAGAGAAUAAACAAAUAAUUGUAAAAAGAGUUUAAAAAAAUAUAUUUACUAAAUUAUUGUGAUAUAUAACUUGGUGAAGCAAACAUUUUCAGAGUCUUUACAAAGUCGACUGCUAGUGGUUUUUUGAGGGACUUGUAACCUUAUAUUUAUCACAUUAUACCUCGUGACAGUUUAUUAUUGUUAACUGUUAACAUCGACUAAGAUUAUUUUUGGUUGGGCACGAGAGAUGGCGCUGGUUAAAACACUUGACGCAACACUGUGUAUCUGCAACUUGUUAAAUAAUUUUAUUCAAAGUUAUACUGUAAUUCAUUACUUGCUUAAUUUAAAAUUUUAUUAUUCGACAUUUCGUCGCCUACAAAUACGAGUUCUAUCUAGAUCUACAAUAAUAAGCAUUUAAAAUUUAUGGUUACCAGUACAAAUUAGAUAAUAGUGUGGAAUGGAACACAGAUGAGCCCCUAGGUCGAGAAGACACUGCCAGAUAUCAAUUAUUAUCAACUUAUCCCCAAAAUGUACCCAGCAUAUUUCUGAUAUUCGGCAGGUACACAGUUAAUGUUUUAACACUUUUUAAUUAAGUAUGGUAAUAUAAUAAGUUGUCCUAGAUACGUUAUAUUAUUUUAAGAACACAGUGUUUUGUAAAGAAUUGUUUAAUUAUUACUUAUACAUAAUAAUAUUGUUUGUAAGUACAUAGUUUUGAAAGUUACAUUAAUAUUUUUAUCUAUUUUUGUUAUCAUUCUGAUGCUGCAUAAUAAAUAAAUGAUUGUAAAUUUUAAUGAGCAUUAUGUAAUAAUAUACUCGCGUCUAUCUUUCUUAUAUUGUAUAAAACAAACUUUGUUUAUGUAAGAUGAUGUACAAUUUGAAUGUCUUUUAUAGCAACAUAAUUCAUUAAUACAAUUUAUAUCUAGUUUUGAAUUAUACGAACAAAUAUAAUAAAUAGUAAGGGAGCCAAAACGGGGAUUUUUGGAUUUACUCGAGCGCGGCAGAAUAACAUAUGGGGAGCAACCUUGCACCUAAUUAAGUACUCCCACUAUACCUGACUAUAUGACCCCCCCUGGCGCCAAAGCUGGCUAUAUGACCCCCCCCCCCUGGCGCCAAAGCUGGCUAUACGUCCCCCCCCUGGCGCCAAAGCUGGCUAUAUGACCCCCCCUGGCGCCAAAGCUGGCUAUACGUCCCCCCCCCUGGCGCCAAAGCUGGCUAUAUGACCCCCCCCUGGCGCCUAAGCUGGAUCCGCCCUUGUAUGUAGAGCCGAACGUCUAGGGCAGCAUAACAAAAUUUCAACAAACGGCCAUGACCUUUGGUCGGGUCCAAAUCGUCAGUUUUUUUAAUAGGAGCUACUGGAGGGUUCACGUAACAUCCCUUCUCAAUGUCUGACGCGCUCGGUUAUUUUUUCCUAUAUUCUACCUCUUCGUACGGCCACCCCAUAUCAUGCAAAGGCAAACUAGGUGCAAGGUUGCUCCCCAUAUGUUAUUCUGCCGCGCUCGACUAAAUCCAAAAAUCUCCGCUUGGGCUCCCCUACUAUAAGUUUGUGGUUCUUUAAAAAAUAUAAUUUUGACACGACUCGUCGAGAGUGAAUAAAGUGUUCUCCCGAGUUCCCUUAGCCCUAUCACUCCUAUAAUACGCGGCACGAAACUCCAGCGCUGAUAGUAAUUGCGCAGAAUUAAAAAUUAAGAUGUGUUGGGGGGAAACGAAGUGCGCGGGUGGGCGUGCGUUGCGCCGAUGGAGAAGUAUACGCAAAGCUCGACAUAGAUGGCGCUGCAAACGCUUGACCCAAACCACAGUCGAAUAUUGCAGCUGUCAAAUUUUAAACGUUUUUUUGUUGUUAAAAAAAUUAAAUAAGUGAUAAAAGUGUAUUCAACAUGGUCAGUAAUACAGCUGAAAACAGACUUGAAAAGGAGAGGAGCAUCUGUGCAAGGCAGAAAAGCUGAUCUAGUAGAAAGGUACUUCUAUUAUUAUGCUGGAAUACUCAUUCUAGGUACAUAGAUGCAUUUUUCAUGAUUAUUUUAAUAGUUCAUGGAUCACAGUUACUUUUAGCGGGCUCAUUAGUCAAAUCUAUCUUAUUUUUGCAUCAGUCAGAUAUCUCAUAGAGUUAGGUUACCUCUGGCUAAAAUGGGAAGUAUAACAUUGGGUUUUUUUACAGACUUGACCGCAAUUUUAAUUUUGGUGCAGUUUUUUCUGAUCAAAAUGAAGACAUCCAGAUGCAAUUACCUGUCCCAGAUACAUACCAUGGUGUAAACAGCAGCUCAGUUUUACCCCCUCCAGGCAACAUAUAAAAUUAUAUUUUAGUCGGGAAGCAUGCAGUUUUCUCACAACAACCAGGAAUUGCACAACGCGGCAUUUGUAAUUUGAUUAAUAAAAAGCUUUAAAAUUAAUAUAAGCUAAUAGGUAUGUUUUUGAUAGAAGUUUUGGGUCAAGCGAUUAAAGCGCCCCUAGUGGGAAAAUAUUGCAGAUUUCUUGUACAUUGGCUCUCUAGUCGUACCCAUGCGCAACUAUCCCUGACGCGUUUUGUUCAGCGCUAGAGUUACGUGCCUGCCACUUCCACCAAAACGCCUAAAACUAAGGGACCAAAAGUCGCUGUCAAUUAAGUCAACGUUACAAGCAUUUGUGAAUUAUGCGUCGCGAACAUAAGGUUUCAUUUUGUGAUCAAAAGUGCAACGUCUCGUGCCCACUUCUUUUAACUUGUAAGUGAAGAUGUGAAUGUAACAGAUAUAAAUUAUAUUAUUUGUUCUCGUUCUUUAAA